AUGAGAUUAGGAGCUGAGUAAGUUUAGAGAGAAGGCAAGUUGGCCAAGGACUCCAGCCCCACUAUGAUAAUCUCAGUUCUUGAUGGAUAGGAAAUAUAUAGUAAGAAGAUUAAAGUAAAUGACAAGGUAAUAGAUGAUAUGCAACUCUCAAACAGAAACAAUGUUUCAUUAAAAGUAAAAUAGUAUUUGCUAAAAACAUAUGAAGAUUACUAUUGA